UGUGUUGGAAGGGAGGAAAGAAAACUUUACUGUGUUUUGAUUACGUGCAUUCAAGUUGGUUUCCACAACAGAUGAAGGGGGUGACGCUAUGUAUGCUGGCAGCAGCCUUGAUAUUGAGUGUCGCAGGGAGCCUGCCGCCCCCAGAGAGAUCCUAUAACAUCCUCGUGCUCUUUCCUGUCGCUUCCAAAAGUCACAGGAAUGCGCUCAUGCCCGUCGCCGAGGCUUUGGCAGACCGAGGCCACAAGACGAGGACAGAUGGAGCUGGUGGCUUAUCAGUAAUGCAAAAGGUUCUGCCCGCCAUGGCCCGGAAACUGUAUACAGUGCCAGCUGUCAAGAAAUUAUAUGAAAAAAGGAAAGAGUUUGACCUCGUUGUUAUCAACCAUCUAUUCAACGAGCUCGCGUAUCCCUUCGCGCACGAGGUUCCCUUCAUCACCGUAUCACCCCCCGGGAUGGACCCCCGCCAGAGUGCAGUCUUAGGUAAUGUUCUCAGUCCAUCUUACGUCCCCAACCUUGUGGUCAGCACGCCCUUCCCCAUGUCCAUCUGGCAACGGAUGAAGAACACGGCCAUGCACAUCUACUUCGCUUUCUACUGGAGGAACUGGGGUGUAAUUCCGCUGGUGCAGAAGGAGAUCUCAGCCCACUUCCCGGAUCUGCCGCCGCUGCUGGAGAUUGAGAAAAACCAAAGUCUGUCACUGCUGAACAGUCACUUCAGCAUGUCCACCACGGUGCCUUUGCUGCCCUCACAGGUGGAGGUGGGCGCCAUGCACUGCCAUCCGGCAAAACCCUUGCCAGAGCGUAUGCAGCGUCUGUCUCCCACACUGCAGGAUCUGGAGUCGUGGAUCGCAGGCGCGGGCACUGAGGGCGUAAUCUACUUCAGUUUAGGGUCCCUCGCCCGCGGUGACAGCAUUCCGCCAGAGUACCGCCAAGCCUUUCUCGAGGCUUUCAGCAGACUGCCGCAGCGCGUCCUAUGGAAAUACGAAGGAGAGUUGGAGGGCGCGUCUGAUAACGUGAGGAUCAGCAGCUGGUUGCCUCAGCAAGACAUCCUCGCUCACAACAACGUAAAGGUGUUCAUCUCCCACGGUGGCCUCCUUAGCCUUCAGGAGUCUGUCUUCCACGCCAAGCCCCUCCUCGUCAUCCCCAUCUUCGCUGACCAAUGGAGGAAUGCUUUGUUUGUGGAAAAUUCGGGUCUGGGUCGUUCGUUGAAGUGGGAGGAACUUACUACUAACAAGAUAGUUGAUGCCCUCAACGACGUCAUAACAAACCCAAAGUACACAGAGACCGUGUCAGCAAUGUCGGCGUCCUUGAGGGAUCAGCUGAAUACGCCGCAGGAACGCGCCGUGUUCUGGUCGGAGUACGUGAUCCGCCACCGAGGGGCGCCGCAGCUGAGGUGCCCGGCCACCCAGCUGUCCUGGGUGGAGUUCCUGCUACUAGAUGUGGUGGGCCUCUUGCUGCUGGCUCUCCUUGUGCUGCUGCUCCUUCUACGUCGUCUACUUAGGGCAAUCCUCGGCGUAGUCUUUAGUAGCCGACUCAAAAAGAAGUCGGAGUAACACCGCGGCAAUGUGAACCCUGUGUGUACUGAUGUAUUCUUGUGUAGAUGCUUAGAGAAACAGGCCAAUACUUUACCAGGAAAGUGGGUGUUAUUGCACUCCAUGAAUCUGGUUUCUCCUGAAUAUAAUACUUUUCAUUACUCAUCCCUAUUUUAGUACCAUUAGUAAGCACCGUCUCUUCAAAAUAACAAUUUCAAAAUAGCAAAUAUAAUGACAUUUCCGAAAUCAAGCCACAGAAUCAUCAUCUGAGGAGGCAAUCGCAAACGUGUUAAAGCAAACCACAUAAACGACAACUACUAGAACAGGGGCUCUUAACUUUUUGAUGAUCUCAGACCCCCCUUUGGAUUGCUCAGCAUGGUCACAUACCCCUUAGCUUGACUGCCAAAAUCAUCAUCACAAGUCCUGUUUAAUAUAUAUUACAUAAUAAUAUUCAGAUAUUAAGUCCUAUACCCCAUGCAUUUGGCUCUCAUACCCCCAAGGGGUAUGGAUACCCCCGGGUAAGUACUCCUGUACUAGAAGCAUCUUGAUAGUUCCUCCAUUUUUCUUACUAAUCUUUGUGCGACAUUCACUUCACUCUUACUGGUGCAACACUUUUUUGUUUCUUUAAACCUCACCCUCCCUUUGUUAUGAUACAAGUUCCUGAGGAUAUUGACCGUAACCACUAUUCUGUCCCAUCCCCGUCGUUCCCUUCUGUAGUCUGAGCUUCAGCUCAAAGGAGGCUGUUGCGUUUAUGUCCGCGGUGACAUUCUUGCUCUCAAGUUUACUGUCUGGAACAUUUAGAAUAAUUCUCAGUCCAGCGAAUACGUACGAAUCUGUAACCCUGCACCAAACAUAUUCAUGCUGUAUAUUUCUAUCUCCAUUCUGUUGGCUAUGCAAAAUUCAUUUUAUUGGUUAUGUAAACGAUUUCAUUUGUUGUAAACUUCAUUUAUUGGCUAUGCAAACUUCCGUUUACUGGCUGUGUGAAAUUCAUUUUACUGGCUAUAAAAAUUCAUUUCACUAGCUAUGUAAACUUCAUUUUACUGGGUAUGUAAACAUAAUUUUACUGGUUAUGAAAACUUCAGUUGAGGAUGUAAACAAUUUAACUGGCUAUGUAAACUUCAUUUUACUAGAUAAACUUCGUAUUACUGGCAAGGAAAACUUCAAUUUACUAUGUACACUUCGUUUUACUGGGUAAAUAAACUUAUUCGACUUUGAAA